AUGGCUGAGGCGAGAGUCUCUGUGAAUUUGGACGAGUUUACCUGUCCCAUCUGCUUAGAUCUGCUAAAUGAUCCUGUCUCCAUUCCCUGUGGACACAGUUUCUGUGUGUCCUGCAUAAACACACAGUGGGAUACAGAGGAACACAGAGGAGCUUACAGCUGCCCCAUGUGUAAACACCAGUUUAACCCACGACCCACCCUGGGCAGGAACGUCAUGUUGGCUGAAAUGGUGAAGAAGCUAAGGAAGACACAUGUUCCUGAAAGAACCCUGGCUGGACCUGAGGAUGUGGAGUGUGACGUCUGUGUUGGAAGAAAAUAUAAAGCAGUGAAGUCCUGUCUGGUGUGUUUAGCUUCAUACUGCGAGAUUCACUUUAAACUUCACAACGAGCUGAACCCGGGCAACACACACAAAGUGACUGAAACCAGGUACGGCCUCAAAGACCGGAUCUGCAGCGAACACAACAAACCUAAAGAGGCUGUUUGUUGUACUGAGAACAAGUGUGUGUGCUGCGAGUGUCUUGUGGAUGAGUGUAGAGGCCAUAACACCACAACAUUCAGAAGUUACAGAUUUCAACAGCAGGGAAAGGUUGGAAACAUCCAGGCACAGGUUCUCCAGAGAACUCAGGCAGCGGAGAAAAGCAUGAAAAAUUUAAAGCAAGCAAAAAAGUCAAUCAAGUCCUCUGCAAAGACAACCCCGGAUCGAAGUGAGAAGAUCUUUGCGGAGUUGAUCAGAUCAGCUGAGCAGAGACGCUCAGAGAUUAGAGAAAUAAUCAAAGCUACAGAAGAAGCUGAAGUUGAGCGAGCAGAGGAAACUCUACAGUGUAUGAAACGGGAAGUGCUGAAGCUGAAGAAGAGAGAGAACGAACUGGUUCAGCUUGGACACAUAGAUGAUGACUUCGACUUUGUCAGGGAGUGCAUGACCCUCUUUGACUUCUCACCUUUUGGUGAUGCUCCUCACGUUAUUGUCAACCUGUCACAUUUUAAAGAAAUACAAAGCUCUGUGUCUGAGCUGGAAAUAAAAGUGAAAGAGUUCUUUCAGACAGGAUUACACACAAAGUCCACAUCAGUUAACAGACGCCACAUGGUUCAAACUUCUGUUCCUAUACUCAGAGAGGAUUUUCUUCAGUAUUUCCGUCAGUUGCCAGUGGAUCCCAGAACAGCCCACAAUAACCUCCAGCUGUCUGAGGGCAACAGAAAAGUACAAUUUGAUGACACAAAACCAAACAGUGACUGUGGGCCUGAGGUAUUUAAGUGGUACGCUCCGGCUCUGUGUAGAGAAGCUCUUCAGGAGCGCUGUUACUGGGAGGUGGAAUGGGGAGGAGAGCAGGUUUACAUCGCAGCAUCAUACAGAGGAGUGGAAAGAAAAACCUGCUGUACAUUUGUGGGCUUUGGCCAUAAUGAUAUAUCCUGGAGUUUAUGUUCCAACUCCUCUCAGUUGACUUUUUUUUACAAAUCCCAUGAGACUGUUAUUCCACAUCCAGUGUCUACAAGAAUAGGAGUUUAUCUGGACCACAGAGGUGGGUCUCUGUCCUUCUACAGCAUCACAGACACUAUGACGCUCCUCCACCGAGUUCGCACCACAUUCACUGAGCCCCUGCACGCCGGGUUCUGGGUGUUUAAAGACUCCAGAGUUAAACUGUGUGACAGAAAUAAGAAAGUGCUUCCUCAAACAUCUCCCACUGUUUCCAACAACACCUCACAUGGGCUUCAAUUUGAAAUUGAACGGAGUAAUAUUUAUUUGGGUAAAGCUGGGUAGAUUUUUCCAUAUCAAUGUUUAUAUGAUGGCUGUUCAAGUCAA